AUGGCCAGAUCACAUGGUAAUUGUUUCCUCAUCAGUGAUUAAUUUUUAGAUGCAACUUGGUCCUCGAAACUUAUUGAAUGGGUUCUUUCCAACAAACAACUUGUUUUAUUCCGAGUGGUCACAUUCGUUUGGCUGAGGACAUGGUUUGUCCCUGAUGAGUAUUUCCAAGUAUGUCGUAAAUUUACAUUUCAUUGAUCCAUGUUUAGAGUAUUGAGAUUUCUUAUGGGCAGGUGUUUGGAAAAGGCGAGACGACCUGGGAAUGGGAUCCGAACAACGCUUUGAGAUCUUACCUGCAUCCUUUACUCUACAUGAGUCCUUAUUACAUUUUGAAGUUGCUAAAGAUCGAUUCUGGAGUGUUAAUUCGAGCAAUUCCAGUUGUUAUUCACUUUCUAUUUACGUUGAUAUCCGAUUUCGCUAUUCAGAAGGCGUACAGGAAGCUGCUGAGUAAGCACAUUGUGCCUUAUUUUUAGCUUUAUCUUUAGAGUAUGCUGAUGCUGAGAAGAACGCUUUGAUUUUGUAUCAACUCAAUUGGUUUAUCUUGUACUCGCUACCAAGAUCAUUAGCCAAUACAAUUGAAAUGUUGUUGGGAAUAUACGCGGCAGGUUUCUAUCCCAAGCGAUCGUUUAUCCCGCUUGUCUUACUUGCUGGGCUAAUCAGACCAACCUCCGCUAUUAUUUGGGCACCUUUAGUUUUGUAUCAGCUUUAUCUUGGAGGAUUUCGAAUUUUAAAGUGAGUAAUGAAUGUUGGAUUAUUGCUAUUUGUAUUUUAGGUACUUUUUGACCGUCUCUCUUUCUCUACUGACCAUUUCAACAUUUGUGGACUAUCUGUUUUAUGGCCGCUUUACAUUCCCCGUCCUGAAUUUCUUUCUCUUCAAUAUCUAUCAAGGUGGAAGUGCCCAAUUCGGAGUCAACUCUGCUUUCUACUACAUUGCUGGACUUUACUCUCUCGCUCCCAUUGAGAUGACAGUGUUAUCCCUUAUUGUUUUGACCAGCAUUCGACAGGUUCAUCAACAUGUCAAAUGGAUGAUAUCCCAUGAGCCUCAGAUUGUUAUUUAUGCCAUCCUCUCCUUGUCUUAUAUCAUUGUUCAUUCAUUGAUACCUCACAAAGAGCAUCGAUUUCUGCUUCCCGUCAUUCCAUUCAUAAUCCCUGUGGUUUCUUCAAUUUACUCGAGAUUGAGACCUGGAAGUUCUUUGCUGAUCAUUGCCUUGAUUAAUAUCCCAUUGUUCAUGUUUUUUGGUGGACUCCAUCAAAUUGGUCAUCUGAGUGUUGUUAAUGAACUGAGGAAUGGGAUCAAGGCAACGAAUGGUGGAAUUAUAUCGUAUUUGACUCCAUGCUACAGUAUCCCGCAAUAUGCUUAUCUACAUCCAGAUGGAUUGAAGUGGACGAUUACGCAAUUGGAUUGUAUUAGUGUUGUCAGAGAGGGAGACAGGGUAAGCUUGGACUGUUUUAUCAUGAGAUGUCGCAUGUUUUAUCGUUUUUUUAUUAAUUUUGUACCAUCUUUUCAGGACACGACUCCUCAAGACAUAUUCUUCCAAAACACGACUGCCGCGAUCUCAUCCCAUUGGAAUAAAUAUGUUGGAGAUGCAAAAUACAUAGUUAUGUAUGAUAAACUACUCUCCGAACUGGAUCAAACAUCAAUCGGGAGCAAGCUACGGACUUUGUACAAUAUAAAGUCAUAUUUCCACACAAUAUUUCCGGUCGGAGAAAACUCAGGGAAGUAUCUUGUUUUACUCACCAAAAAGAAUUGA